UCAUAUAUAAUCUGCUAAAAAGCAUUUAUAAGAAGGUAUUUCAAUAAAAUGUAUCAAUGCUGCCCGCCGUCUGGUUUUUAAUGGAUUUGUUGGCGCAAUGUUGGGGCCCAGUUUUAAUUGUAUGUACUUAUAUGCAGUGUGUGCAAGAAGUGAUGAAGACUCUUAAAUGUCCGUUCAUCAUAUUCCAGUGUGACAUUUCCUCUCCUAAGAGUCAACAUUAAUCCAGAUGAGUAAUGUAGUUUGGCAAGAAGGAGAGAACGGGGUUUGGUUUGGAGGCGGAGUUUUCUAGUUGAAGUUAACAGAACUCAGGAGUUUUCCUCAGAGAAGAGCAGUGUGUUAAACUUCUUCAGGGAAAAGUGGAGGAAAAGGGUGAGCUGAGGUAGGACGUGGUCCUUUCCUUUCGUGGAGCCUGCUGUCAUGGCGAGGUACCUGAAAUAUUUCACCACUGUGGGUGAUGAUCAGCCCGUUCAGUUGGAUGAAGAAGAGCUGCACCAGGCCAGCGAGGAGCUGGGUCCAGCUACCGGACAGUUUCCAGCAACGUUGACCUUCAGGGAAUCUCUGAAAAGGCUCUACAGCUCUGAGCGGUUCCAGGUGGUGGUGGUGAUUCUGGUCAUCCUGGAUGCCUUGUUUGUGCUGGCGGAGCUGCUUAUAGAUUUGUCAGUUAUCGAUUUGAAACAUGGUCACGUUGUUCCUGAGGUGCUUCACUACCUGAGCCUGGCCGUUCUCACAUUCUUCAUGGUGGAGCUGGCUGGGAAGCUGUUUGCUUAUCGCCUGGAGUUCUUCCAGCACAAGUUCGAGGUGUUUGAUGCUGUGAUUGUGGUGGUGUCCUUCGUGUUGGACGUGGCCUUCAUCUUCCAUGAGGACGCUUUUGCUGGGAUGAAUCUCCUCAUCCUGCUGCGACUCUGGAGGGUUGCCAGAAUUAUCAACGGGAUCCUGGUGUCGGUGAAGACCCGUGCACAUCAGCAGAUCCACAAGCUGAAGCAGAGCUACGACCACCUUGUCCAAAGAGUCACAGAGCUGCAGGAGCGCAAUGAUAAACUGGAACAAGAGAACCAGAAACUUCAAGCCCUCCUCAAGAAGCACGGCAUAGACUUCUGAAUCAACAAGCUAACUAUUGUGGAGCUACUGUUCAAUAUGAUUUAUAUCAUGUACCUUUCUGUACCAUUCGUUUUAAAUUUCAGACUGUACAUUCCAUGAUAAUCCUGUAUUGUAGACCUUAUUUGAAGGUUCCUUCUACUUGUUUGCAUAACCCCAGGUAUACUUACUGCAGAGAAAUGAUCUUUUUUUAUAUUUGUUAUGUAGCAGUCGAUCCAUAUCCAGGUUUGCCGUUAUUGUAGUGAUGGAAACGUUACUGGGCAGAACUGCAUAGAGCUAUAAGGUCAUGGCCUUUAUUUGCUUGUAAAUAACUGAAACCUUCUUGACUGAUAAUGUGUACAUAAAACUAAAUUGACAUCUUGCUGAGUGACUGUAUGUUGUGUAAAAA